GUCAAACAAAAAGCGAAGCUUUUCGGGAAGCGUUUGCAGCUUGUCGGCUACAGAAAUAGUAAAACAAUGCACAAUUUAAACGUCUAAACCACAUGGGAAAUGAGCCAAGGCGCGGCCCUGACCCGCAGUCGGGUUAGCAGCGAGCAACUUGAACUCCUACUUUCUUUUAUGGAAGAGCACCCCGACUUUGCAGCGAGUAAGCAGUCGGUCUAUUCCAGACUUAGUUCGUGCAAGCUUUGGCGUCUGUUGGCUGAACGUCUGAACGCCGUUGCCCAGGAUUGUGGUGGAGCGAGAAAAUCACCGGACAAGUGGUGUCGUUACUGGGCAGACAUCAAAUACAAGGCCCGCAAGAAGACGGCGGCCGGCGGAGCCCUAGGAGACCUGUCCAGUGUUGAGGAGCGCUUGGAAAGGCUGCUCGGGAGCAGCGCAGCGUCCUCAAGCGGACGGCGACAGAGUUCCGACGACGACCGCAAGCCGGGCGUAGACGACGAUAUGUGUUCCGAGGGUUCCGCCCCGGCCACUGAAGGCAAACUGUCCACUGAGGAACUUCUCGCUGAGGCGGCCAUGCGCAGCGCCCUAGCGGCCGAGAAGCAAGCGGAGGCCGUAGCCCAAGGAGUGGAACUGCUCAGAGACCUGGUCGCCAUACUGAGGGAGAGGCCGCUCGCCGCUCCCACUCUACCGCCAGAACAUCUGAUGCAUCAUCAUCAUCGACUGUGAUAUGGCUGUUAAUAUCUUUUUUUAUACCACAUCGGUGGCAAUCAAGCAUACGGCCCGCCUGAUGGUAAGCAGUCACCGUAGUUACGGUGUUACAUGCGCGUUGCCGACCUUUUAAAAACCAUCUAAACUGUAGUGCCACAAAAAGACAAAAUGUGACGUUUUCAUCCAAAAGGAUACUUAUUGUCAGUUGUCAAUAAGGUGCUAUUCCCAUAAAGUUUAAGCGCAUUUUCACGUAACUGUGAACCUUUAAAGGCCGGUUAGCAAAUGUCACAAAACUGACGGUCAAUGUCAAACCCCAUACAUUUUGUCAGGAAUGUGACGGUUAGACGUUAUUGAAAGACGACUUAAGUUGCGCUUUAAAGUACAAGUUAAAGUCUAUAAACCCUUAAAUUUGAAAUCAACCUUAGUUGAAAACGUCACGUUAGAAAUUCUACAGUAUGUCUCCCACCAUGGUGCUUUAAAUGCAGGGCUCGAUUCUACUCGCUAAAUAAAGCGGCUUUUAAUAUGGGACUAACCCCCAAAUCUCGAAAAAAUGCUUGGCUUUUCCAUAGAAAACAUCGACAUCUGAUCAGCCAAAAUGUAUAAAAAGCCAAUAUUUUGUUGGGUUGGUCCCAUAAAAAAAGUAGCUCAGUGCAGCGAGUUGAAUCGAGCCCUGCAUUGAAAAUGCCAUGUUGGAAAACACCCUGUAUAAGAAACAUGGUAAGUAUCCGUGAAACGCAGAGAAUAAUUCUUAAAAAAAGAACGGAUCACGGAUAGGUGUCGUGUGCACUACGUUACGGGAUUAUAAUGUGGGGUAACUCAGUAGUAGCUUUAUAUGUGAUAUACGCAAUGAGCGACUGUCUCAAAAGACGCAAAGCGUAUUACGGAUACGUAUCGUCUGUGUUAUGCUACGGGAUUAUUAUCUGGGGCAACAUUGAUGUACAGAGUGUAUUGAGUAACUGUUUUCUUGCUUUAUUUCUCUUGGAUGUAUUCAGGCAUUUCCAAAAACUUAUCCAACUUUUUGGAAACUUUUUGUAACUUUCCAAUCUGACACAGGAACGAAAAUUUCGCUUUGUGGGUGAAAAAUGUAAUAUUAUAUCACAAUAUGUUGCGAUAACAUAAUAAAAAAAAACACUAAUAGAUUGUUAGUUUCUAAGUACGAAUUGUAGAAUAAGUAAUAAUCGGCAAAUCGCUUUAGCCUUGUGUUUCCAAUUACAUACAAUUUUCAUUGCUCAAUAGCAACAUAUAUAUGUAUGAGAUAUUAGGUAUUGUUAUAUAUUACGAACGUAUGCCUGUUUGGACAGGUAAUAGGUAUAGAGCCAGCCCGUAGUUAACCUAGAACACGAUGUAUUUGCAAACACAAGGCUUAAACGAUUCGGUAUCGUCUUGGGUCGUCCCAUUCGUUUUUCGUCAAGUUCUUAAAUUAGUCCUAUUCAGCUUUCGUCACUCAUUCUACAUUCGUCACAAUCGUCGGUGGCUUUCAAUGUAGAAUGAGUGACGAAAGCAGAAUAGGACUAAUUUAAAAACUUGACGAAAAACGAAUGUGACGAUCCAAGACGAUACCAACGAUUCGCAUACCGUAUAAUGUGCCUGCUUUGCUCCAAAAUUUGAAAAAUAAUUAAAUUUUUAAAUUAUAUUGUGGUAGGUGUGUUGAUAGAUAUGGCGAUUUAAAGUAGACCAUCACUUUAUUAUCAUGUUGUAACACUUGAAUGAGGUUCUGAGUUAAUUUUCAUAUACAGAUUGGCUAAAAAAUAACUGCUUUCCCGUUGCCAGGGAGGUUUUGGGAUUAUACUGAGCAUCUUUUACUAUGGGACCAACCCCGAAAUCGCGAAAAAAAAUUUGGCCCGUUCAUACGUUUUGGCUGGUCCAUUUUCUAUGGGAGGGUUCCUUUGUUUUUCGUGAUUUCGGGGUUGGUCCCAUAGUAAAAGUUGUUCAGUAUAAUCCCAAAACCUGGCAACGGGAAUGCAGUUAUUUUUUAGCCACCGUGUAUACAAAAACUGUUGGAGCACAAUUACCCAUUGAGAAGCAACUAGGCACAUUUUUCGGUAUUUAAUAUUAGAAGUAGGCGUAUUUCUAGAGAAACAAGUGUGAAAUACAGACUGCUAAUCUGUCUAUUUUCAAGUUUAUUCGCUACAAUACUAUGUAGUUAAUUUGUGUUUGACUUAUUGGUUUAAUACAUUUGGUUUUGUACCUUCUUUUAAUAAUCAUAAAGGUAAUAUUACAAGCACCGUACCGAUUCUGCGACUGGGUGGCCAGUUGUAAAUAUUGACUCGAUUUUAUUUGUGUUAACGCUUUUAUAAGGCAUAAGGGUGUCCGAAAUUAUGCGAAAUUGAACCCUAUCACUUUGUAAUAAAGUUCAAAAUCAGAAAGAAUCAUCAAGAAUAAAAUAAAACUAUUUGUCAAGCGAAAACUUACUUUUAAAUAGUUGGACGAUGAUCUAAAUCUACGAACUUUUUACUGUAUUAGAAUUAUAAAAAUAAUAUGACUGUUUAGUAGAUAUUUUAUAUAUUUUAAUAUUAAUUUCACAGCAUUUAACGUAUCUAAUAUACCCAAAUUAAAAAAAUACAUUGUCUUUUUAUACAUUAAAUACCUGGGUCGAUCAA